AUGCCGGGAGGACAAGUCACCUCACUGGCGACGAAACACCUCCUGCAGCUCAGGGCCCUCUCCGGACCGUGGCGUCUGAUCCGGUCGGUUUCUGAGAGGGUGGCUUCCUUCGGCCUGAUUUACUUCUUUGCGCUCUAUUACGGAUUCCUGCUCACCAUGGUCCUUUUGAUGCCGCUUUACAUCACCUUGGAUUGGACAUUGAAACCCUUGUGGCGGGGCUUCCGGGACUGGAAGGCUGUCCGAGUGGUGGCAGCCGAGCGGAUACGGCAUUCUGUUGUUUCUGUGUCGGGGCUCCUGGUCGACUUGGAGUACGAAUAUUUCCAGGGUGAAUGGCGAAAUGACGCCAGUCCAACACCGUCGCCGCGCCAAAGACUGUUUGCUGCAUUGGAUUUUGUAAGGGAACAGGUGUGGCUCGUGGCCUUAUCAGCCACUACCUUGGAUCUAAGCCGAGCGCUGGUUCACCGCAGUUCUCUGGCUACCAAAUAUUUCCUACGGUCAACACUGGAGUCACAUCGUGUUCCCUCUCUCGUGAAGACCCCUCUCUCAACCGCCAUCGUCGUAGCUGUGCUCGCUGAGGAUGGCGUGAGAAGACGGCUUGCGCAGGCAUGGGUCGCCAUCUUUACGGACCCGGCAAGCAAUCUCGUCACCGAGGUGCACGACACAGAGCAAGGAUCGAAGCGUGAGCAGAAUCAGACCAUAUACGAGCCCCUCCCCUCCCCGAAGGAUAUGAUCCGCGUACUGCGGAUUCUCCCCGGGGCCGGAGGCCAAGCGCUGGAGUGCUCUGUUCACGCGGAGCAGCGGUCCUCGACAAAGUAUGAGGCGCUGUCCUAUGUCUGGGGCGAUCCCACACUCCAGCGCUUCAUCACGCUGGACGGCAAGAGAUACGCCAUCGGCAAGAACCUGUACAAUUGCCUUGUACAUCUCCGGAAACCAACUGCUGAGCGGGACUCAUGGGUUGAUACCCUGUGCAUCAACCAGGCAGACUCCGACGAACGAUCGCAGCAGGUGUUGCUCAUGGGAGACCUGUACAAAAGAGCAGAUAUGGUCAUCGUAUGGCUGGGGCUUCAUACAAAGGGCGUCGCUAAGCUCUUCCGCCGGGCCAGUGGCGAUAAUGACGCCGAUUGCGCCCUUGGUGGUCGCGGGUAUGGACAGUCCAAGAACUCAUCCUGGGCUCUUCGACCGUUGUCCAGUGCGGCAAGCACUCUCUCCCCUGACCUAUUCUGCCAGGUGAUAGACCAGAGCACGAGCCAGAUAAGUCGCCCCGAGCUGGCGAGGACGUUGCACACACAGUACCUGGCGCUCAAGCGCGAGCGCCAGCUCUACCGCCAGCACACCGCCCGCCGGUACCCCCUGCUCGAGCGGGCUUUCACCUUCCGUGGCAAGCAGGCGUCCCUCGCCGUGGACAAGAUGUUCGGCUUCUACGGGCUCCUGGACGACCCUGAUGCGGAGAUCAGGCCUGAGUACGACCUCCACCCCAGCAUCGUGGAGGAGUCCUUCGCAAUCGACUUCAUCAACCGCCACAAGAGCCUCGCGGUGAUCGCAGUCGCCGAGGUUUCGACGUCCGACGAUAAGAAGGGGGCAAUUUCGCGGUGGGAGUGGUAUCCCUGA